AUGGUGGCUGGACCAAACAAAGAUCUUGAAAACCUGGAACGUAUGAUGUACUGGAAGACCACUUUGAAAGCUUGGUCAUGUUUCCUUGUUGGUGCUAAAUUAAACGAAAAAUUAGAAACAGAUGAUAUUUUAAAAGGUAUCCACAAAUUAUUCACGUUGAGGGUUCAGUUACGUUUGAAUGUUUUCCAAUAUCCUAAAAAAAGGUUUGUUACCGAAGAGAUAAAUGGUUGGUCUGAUGAUUUUGUUGAUUUUGUCGAUUAUCCAACUGAUGAUUUUGAUAUUAUUGAAGCUUUUAAACAACAACAUAAUCAAUAUUUUGAAUUGGGUGUUCAAAAGCCUUUAUGGAAAUUGGUUGUAUUGAACCAUCAAUAUUUAGUUAUUCUUUGUGAUCAUACCUUAUAUGAUGGGAACACUGCACUUUAUAUAUGUGAGGAUUUGAUCACAAUAUUGAAUGAUCGUGAUAUCCCAGUUGAUAGAAUUCCAGAUAUUAAACCAUAUCAUGAUCUAUUAAAACCAAAACUUGGACAUACAAUCAAAACUGUCAUCCAAACUUUUGCACCAAAAUGGGCUUAUCCUUUAGUUAAUCUGAUUUAUAGACCAAAAAGUGAAUUUGAAACUGGUGCAUAUGAUGAUUGGGGAGUAACUCAUAAAAUUGAAAGAACAACAAAUAAAUUAAAGCACUUAAUUACAAUAACUAAUGAAGAAUUUUCCAUAAUUAAAAAAUUAACAAAAUCACAUGGUGUAAAUUUCACAGCAUUUUGGGCAUAUAUCAAUGUUCUUGCAGUUGCACAAUUGGGAAAGUCAGCUGUUGAUUUAUCAAUUCCAUUCAAUAUGAGAACCAAUUUAUUACCACCAGAAUAUUUAAGAUGGUAUGGUUUAUUAGUUUCACAUGUUACUUUAAAUGUACAUACCAAAGUUGAUCAUGAUUCAAUUGACUGGGAUUUUGUUAGAUUUUUAAAUGGUAGUGUUGCACAUAAAUACCAAGUAAAACAAUCACAAAUGCUUGGAAUGAUUAAAUAUGUUAGUGCUCGUGGACUUAUUGAAUCAGCUUUAAAAUCACCAAGAAAAGGUGGAUUAGAAGUUUCAAACUUGGGAUUGAGAGUCGAUCCAGAUGGUGAAUCAUGGAAAAAAUAUACCCCUGAAGAAUUUUUCUUUUCUUUGCCAAAUGAUCUUUCAGGUUAUAAUGUUUCAAAUGCUGUGAUUUCAAGUAAAACUAAAACAAAUAUUAUUUUAGACGGUGUUCCAGAAUUUGCAAAUGAAUUUCCAACGUAUGCAAAUAACGUUGAAACAAUUUUGAGAAAUGCAAUCAAUGGGUAUUAUGAAUAA